AUGGCAGAAAAGUACAACCAUAUUGUAGGUUCAAUCAAUGGAUUACUGUGUUUGCGUGAUAUUAAUAAUGGUUGUUUUACAUUGUACAACCCUUCUACCAAAUUGGUUUCCAGGAAAUCCCUUGCUUUUCCUAAAGAGAUUAGUAGACACUGGAUCCCUAAUAAUGCAUUUUUUGGCUAUGAUAAAGUGAAUGACAAGUACAAGGUGCUAGCAUUAGGGGUUGAUGGUGCUUUUAAACUCUCGGCCAGACUAUAUACCUUUGGUGAAAGUGAAAGUAAUUGGAGGACAAUGACUCAAGAUCUCUCGUUUGGUGCCAGGAGUUCUUGGGACUCGCGUCAGACAUUUCUGAAUGGUAAUCUGCAUUGGCUGCCUAGGCUUGGGCCAGGUCAUGGUUCUGAUAAAUUGGUGAUUAUUUCUUUUGACGUGGAAAAGGAGACUCAUGGUGAAAUGUUGCUACCUUCUGAGCUGGAGGGUGAAAUUUGGAGUCUUGACCUGCAUGUCUUCAAUAAGUAUCUUUAUGUGUCGCAAUAUUCUCACAAAACUCGUUUAGUUCUUUGGUUGAUGAAAGAGUAUGGAGUUCAGGAAUCUUGGACUAAAGUGAUGACGAUCCCUCUCAAGUCUAGAUACCGUAUUUGUAGAUGCGAUGCUCCUCGCCUAAUACCCUUGAGCAUUUUGGGAAAUGGUGUUGUUGUUCUUAGAACGGGAUGUUAUUGUUCUUAUUUAGUUACGUAUGACUCAAAGAAUGACCAAUUUGGACGUCGUUGUAGGAUUAAGCGAAGUUCACCACUUCAAUGGCAUGUAGGGAUUUAUCAUGAAAGUCUAGUUUCACCACCAUGA